AUGGGGGAAGCGGUGGCCGCGGCGGAGGACACCCUGAAGAAGGGGGCGGUGCUGGUGCCGGCGCCGCAGCCGAGCAAGGGCGUGGCGUCCUGGGCGGUCGACCUGCUCGAGCGCCUCGCCGUCCGCCUCGGCCACGACAAGGCCAAGCCGCUCCACUGGCUCUCCGGCAACUUCGCCCCCGUCCGCGACGAGACCCCGCCCGCCGCCGGCCUCCCCGUCCGCGGCCACCUCCCGGAGUGCUUGAAUGGAGAAUUUGUUAGGGUGGGGCCUAAUCCGAAGUUUGUCCCUGUUGCAGGGUAUCAUUGGUUUGAUGGGGAUGGAAUGAUCCAUGCAAUGCGUAUUAAAGAUGGGAAAGCUACAUAUGUAUCAAGAUACGUGAAGACUUCUCGCCUCAAGCAAGAAGAGUAUUUUGGUGGAGCAAAGUUUAUGAAGAUUGGAGAUCUAAAGGGCUUUUUUGGAUUGUUUAUGGUUCAAAUGCAAGCACUUAGGAAAAAACUGAAAAUCCUGGAUGUUACUUAUGGAUUUGGGACAGCUAAUACCGCACUUAUAUAUCAUCAUGGCAAACUCCUGGCCCUGUCAGAAGCAGAUAAACCCUACGUUGUUAAGGUCCUUGAAGAUGGAGACCUGCAAACUCUUGGGUUGUUGGAUUAUGACAAGAGGUUGAAACAUUCUUUCACUGCUCAUCCCAAGGUUGAUCCAUUUACAGAUGAAAUGUUCACCUUUGGGUACUCGCAUGAACCUCCUUAUUGUACAUACCGGGUCAUCACCAAGGAUGGAGUUAUGCUUGAUCCUGUGCCAAUAACAAUACCAGAGUCUGUAAUGAUGCAUGACUUUGCAAUCACAGAGAACUAUUCCAUAUUUAUGGACCUGCCUUUGUUGUUUCGACCAAAGGAAAUGGUGAAGAAUGGUGAAUUCAUCUACAAGUUCGACCCUACAAAGAAAGGUCGUUUUGGCAUACUCCAGCGUUAUGAAAAGGAUGAAAAAACCAUCAGAUGGUUUGAACUUCCCAAUUGCUUCAUUUUUCACAAUGCUAACGCUUGGGAAGAGGGCGACGAAGUUGUUCUGAUUACCUGCCGCCUUGAGAACCCAGAUCUGGACAAGGUGAACGGUACCCAAAACGAGAAGCUUGAGAACUUCGGGAAUGAGCUGUAUGAGAUGAGAUUCAACAUGAAAACCGGCGCUGCUUCACAGAAGCAACUGUCGGUCGCUGCUGUAGACUUCCCUCGAAUCAACGAGAGCUAUACCGGCAGGAAGCAGCGGUACGUGUACUGCACGAUACUCGACAGCAUAGCGAAGGUGACUGGCGUCAUCAAAUUCGACCUGCACGCCGAGCCAGAGAGCGGCAAGAAGCAGCUUGAGGUUGGGGGGAAUGUGAUGGGCAUAUAUGACCUGGGACCUGGUAGGUUCGGCUCGGAGGCGGUCUUUGUGCCCAAGGAGCCCGGUGUGUCUGGGGAAGAAGAUGACGGCUACCUGAUACUCUUUGUGCAUGAUGAGAACACAGGGAAGUCUGAAGUGAAUGUGAUUGAUGCCAAGACCAUGUCUCCUGAUCCGGUGGCGGUCGUCGAGCUGCCGAACCGGGUUCCUUACGGGUUCCACGCCUUCUUUGUCAACGAGAACAACUGGUACAUCAACAAGCAGAGGUGUGAAGAAGAGUGA